AUGCCACGCAGGAGGAAUAGUGAAAUCAGUCGCUCUAAUCGAGCUGCGGUCCACAAACAAGAGAGAGAUAGGCGAAAAGCGGCGGCCUGCCUUCGACGACAAGCAGUAACGGCACCCAACGCCCCCGCCAUCAACCCGGCACGGCAAGCAGCGGCAGUUCAGCAAGGCGAAGAAAUCGUCAGGGCCAUUCAGGCUCAACGCCCAGUCGCACCGGACGGGCCUAUUCCGCCUGAGGCGCGGGCAGUGUUAGUCCAGUACUCGGCGGAAGCUGCUCGAGGUCCACACGCGGCUAGGAGAAUCCAAAUCCGGCCGGAACUGGAAGACGACGUCCUUCAAGUCGCCAACGACGAAGAAUUGGCACAGUGA